CAAUCUUCCUACCCACCACAUAUUUCCUACUAUAAUCAGUAUUUAAGAAAACCCCUCCAACCUUAGUUUCCCAUCCAACUACUUGUCAUUAAUUAAAUAAAUCUUAAUUAGCUUAUUGAGUUAUUAAUUAGAUCUAAACAGCCAUUAAAUAUCAUUAUCAAUAAUGGGUGUCAAAAUAGUUGCUGGUUUUCUAGUGGUGUUCUUGGCAGUGGCCACCCCUGCAUUUGCUAAUGAUCCUGAUAUGCUCCAAGAUGUUUGUGUUGCUGAUUCCACCUCUGGGGUGAAAGUGAAUGGAUUUGCAUGCAAGGCAGCAGCAAACAUAACAGCAGAAGACUUCUUCUUUGCUGGAAUAGCCAAACCCGGAGUGACAAACAACACCAUGGGAUCCCUAGUAACCGGAGCCAACGUCGAAAAGAUACCAGGCCUAAACACACUUGGAGUAUCCAUGGGCCGUAUCGACUUCGCCCCUGGUGGUCUUAACCCACCUCACACCCACCCAAGGGCCACGGAAAUGAUAUUCGUCUUGUACGGAGAAUUAGACGUUGGUUUCAUAACUACUUCAAAUAAGCUCAUUUCUAAACACCUUAACGUUGGUGAAACCUUUGUGUUUCCAAGAGGGUUAAUCCAUUUUCAAAAAAAUAAUGGUAAAAAACCAGCUGCAGUAGUAACUGCCUUCAACAGUCAAUUGCCUGGCACCCAAUCUGUAGCCGCCACGUUGUUUACCUCGACCCCACCUGUCCCAGAUCAUGUUUUAACUAUGGCUUUCCAAGUUGGUUCCAAGCAAGUUCAGAAGAUUAGAGAUAGGCUUGCCCCUAAGAAGUAAUUAAUUAAUUAAUUAAUUAAUUAAUUCCUACUUAACUACCCUUUAAUUUUUGUGGAUGGAUAUACAAUCGCGCACAUCUCGUGUGUAAUGUACUCGUAUCAACUAAUAAGAUGGAAUCUUGUGUUGUCUUUAUUGAUUAUGAUUAUAGAGCGGUGAAUAAAAAAUAAUUAAAUACUAAUAAACUUGUGAUAUUCUUAUUAAGUUUUAAUAAACUUGAUUAUUGUUUUGUAUGUA